GUCCCCGGGAUGCGGCGCCCACUGCCGCGCGGCCACAGCUCCCGGCGUGCGGCUCCCCCGCGGCGCCGGCCUCGGGGCUGAAGACAAUGAUUCCACUGGGGGAAUGCACAUACGCGGGCAGGAAGAGGAGGAAACCUAUCCAGAAGCGGAGGCCUGCCGUGGGGGCCGAGACGUCGAAUCCCUCCAAGCGGCACCGGGACCGCCUCAACGCGGAGCUGGACCACCUGGCCAGCCUGCUGCCCUUCCCUCCUGACAUCAUCUCCAAGCUGGACAAGCUGUCCGUCCUGCGCCUCAGCGUCAGUUACCUCCGGGUGAAGAGCUUCUUCCAAGCCGUGCAGGAGACUCGCACCCUCUCACCUGGAGACAGCCCACAAGGAGGGGCCCCCGUGCAGGAGGGGCAGCUUCUGCUGGAGUCUCUCAAUGGCUUCGCUCUGGUUGUGAGUGCAGAAGGGAUGAUUUUUUACGCAUCGGCCACGAUUGUGGACUAUUUGGGCUUCCACCAGACAGACGUAAUGCACCAGAACAUUUAUGACUACAUCCACGUGGAUGACCGCCAGGACUUCUGCCGGCAGCUCCACUGGGCCAUGGAUCCCCCACAGGCGGGUUGUGGGCAGCCCCCACACAUGGAGGCAGACAACACGGUCCUGGGGAGGUUGCUCAGGGCCCAGGAAGGGGGCAUGGGCUCACCCACUGAGUACUCAGCCUUCCUGACACGUUGCUUCAUCUGCCGUGUACGCUGCCUACUGGAUAGCACCUCCGGUUUUCUGAUGAUGCAGUUUCAAGGAAAACUAAGAUUCCUGUUGGGACAGAAGAAGAAGGCGCCGUCGGGAGCGGUCCUGCCCCCACGGCUCGCGCUGUUCUGCACCGUGGUGCCAGUCCUCCUGCCCUCCACAGCGGAGAUGAAAAUGAAGAGCACAUAUCUGAGGGUGAAGCACAGGGCAGAGGUGCCAGCCAUGACAGACACAAGGGCAAAAGCGACCGUGAGUCUGUGUGAACCAGAACUUCAUGGAAAACCCAGCUACUUAGCAGGAAGGAAUGGUGAAAACAGCAUCUCAAUGUUCAGGGCACAAACGGAUGCCUGCCACUGGGCCCGGGUCCCAGCCAGGGCUCGAUGCCCCUGCCUCAGGGGGGGCAUGGACCUCAUCCUGGAUUCCAAGGGGGCAACAAGGGACAGGGAAGAAACAGAGCAGGACAGGAUGCCGAGUGGCUCCACAGGAGGGAGGACACGGAGGGAGCUGCAUGUGUACAAUUGCCGUCAAGAGACACCAGCACCCGGGCGGUACCUGAACUGGACCACAGAAAAGUGUGAGCAGGAAGGCGGCACCAAGCUGAAGCCACUGCCAGGCAGGAGUGAGCCCCUCUCCAUGUGCACCGCAUCCCCAGGCUCCUGCCUGCCCCCCCCAGGCACCGAGGGCAUGUUCAGUGCCAGCAGCCUGGCUACCUUCAGAAAUCCUCCAGGCCAUGUCCCCAGUGCCUACUGUGGCCGGAUGAGCAGAGCCUGGCGGGAUGUCUCUCAGGGCCAGGCGCCCCCACCUGCCUGCCGCACUGGAGCGCAGCGCUUCACCUCUGGUGGCUACUGCACAGAGGAUGCGAAGCCUGCUGGCCUGCUGAUGCCCCCAGGUACCCCGUGCAAUCCCAUGCUGGCACUGGAGGUACCAAUCAAGAUGGAAAAUGACUCUGGGUCGGAGGACACAGCAGAUGGUUGCACCCCUAGCCAAGUGUGGCUGGGAGCCAGUGAUGUCACCAAGAGACAUCUGGUCACUUUCCCCACCAGGAUGCACCUGAAAGCAGAGCCAGAGUGCAGGCACCAGGUCUAUAGCCAGCCCCUCAGUGUGGGCAUGCUGGCAGCCCACCCUCAGAGCAAGGUCACUGCCGGGCUCUGCCGGGAGCUGGCCCCGUUCUACCCUGCACACAACUCCUGCCUUGAGCUAGGGCCGCCCCGCCACUUCUGCACCCUGGGCCACAGUGAGUGCAGGGCACCGGAGGUCACACCCUUGGUCAAGCGUGAACCCCUGGACUCACCCCCAUGGGCUGCAGCGGGCCAGGGUGCUGUGCCCGGGGUCUUCCCCAAAAGUGCUGCUGCUGUUCAGAUUCCACCCAGCGCUCCUGAGGCUCCUUUCCUGCUGUAGAGCUGCUGCCACACCCUCCUGGAAACCCACCUGCAUCCAAACUCAGACCUGACACAGCCAGGUUCCCAGCCCCUCGACAGGGAUGUGACCUAGUGAUCCCUUUGCAGGUUCAGGAGUACAGCUGGUGACUGACCCCACACGGGGAGUGCAGCGUUCUGAACUUGGUAUCGUGAAAAUUCUCUUAUACAGCCUAUUCACGCAGGACAGUGUUUCCUCGAAGAAUUGAAAUGUUUAAGGAAGCAACCAAGAGUGCCCAGUGCCCAAAGGGCAGCAAGCCCUGUCCUGAGGAAGUCCAUGGCUUCUGAGCUCUCUGCCGCCCCCUACCUGUACCAUGUGGGAGCCAGGGGAUGUCAGGUGGCAGCACAGAGUAACCAGGAGGAGAACCCCACAGGGGGGCUGGCAGCAAGCCCAUCGCGGUGCAGCCUACAAAGUUCCAGGGGGAAGAGGCUGCCAUCCCUGCUCCUGUUCCUCCCUACAGUGCUCCGAGUCAGUUUGAGACCGCCCUCAGCAUGGAGGUGGACAGGGCAAUGCCUAUUCCUUCCAGAAAUCUCACCUUAUUUUCCGUGGGCUGAGAACAGCUCUGGUGUGUCUCCGUCCCAGGCGCAUCAUGCGGUGAGGCUCACAGCAUCAGGCAGCAGAGGGGAGUGCGAGUGGCUGUGCCCGCAGUGCUUUCCAGUGGGGACCCCACUGUCCCCCUACGAAGACUUAGGUGUCUGUUACACCUUAAAAGUUAUGUGACAGUAGGGAACUUGGAUUCAAAACAUGCCUCAGAAAAGGAGGUUGCCACACUCACCCUCAAGGUAGCUCCCAGCUGGGGGCACAACUACCGCCCCGUGGGUGGCUUUGCCCUGGUUAGUGUAGGGCCCAUGAGCAGAGGGAGCCGGCAGCAAGGCUCUGCAGCAGCCACCUCCCUCCCUCCCCAGGGGUCUAGGGUGUGGCAGGAGCCUGCUGGACCAGGACCCCUUGCUGCUCCUCCUCCUCCCCAUCUCUUCAGCACGGAAUCGCUUUCCCCAUAACCUGUGGCUUGGGGGGCCAGGGAUCACCCCCCAUUUACUGUGGAACCUGUUUGGCAGAUGCACGUCCACCUUGUCACAGCUCGUGUUGGGUUGGCAGGGUGUCUUCUUCCCAGCCCCUGAGCUGCCUGACUUUCAGGAGGACUCACAGUGGGCCCAAGAGGGUCCUGAAGAUGCUCACACAGGCCCAGGCUCAAGAGACUGGUCAUUCAAGACUCUCCUACCUCUGCCCAGACCACAGUAGCCUUCAAAAGUGGCACAGGUGCUGUGUUGUCAUGAGUGUGAUGCACACUCACGGCCUCCACCUCCACCAGUGUCUCUCUCGCCCGAAGCAGGAGUCAGGAUGGUGGCCCAGACCUGGAAGCUGACACCUGCCUCACCUCCCUUCCUCCCUGCUGGUCCAGGAUCCCCUUGGACCCCAAUUUCCUUGCAAACACAGCUGAUGUCUACUCUCUGGACAUUUAUGGAUUGAGUCCUCAGGGGUGGGUUUCAGAGUCGUCCUCCUCCUUCCCAGCUCUAACCCAGUGCCCCACUUCAGACUGUGGAAAGCCCUGUAUGCACUCAGAACUUCUGCCCCUCGAAGAAGGCAUGGCCAAGUGUAUGUGCCACUGUGCUUCCUCCCUGGAGGGCAGGGCUACAUCCCUGUCCUCAGACAGCCUCAUCAUAAGGACUGCUCCCCAGCCUCGCCCUGCACAGGGCGAACAACGGCCAGAGGGCACAGCAGACAGCACUGCAUGUGUGUAACAUGUCCAACACUGCAUGCAUGUAACAUGUCUGGUACUGCACUGUGAUGUGUCUGGUGCUGCACACACAUAGCAUUCUGGCAGUGCACAAGUGUGCCAUGUCUGGAGUGUUGGGAACUGGAGAAACCUGAGACCAGAAAGAUGGAAUUAAGAGACAUCCUGGCAUGUCUGCCAAGGGUGGCCCUAUGACCAAAGGAGAGCCCUUCUGGCCAGGCCACGCUGCCUGCCCUGCCCCAACCUUUCACAUAUGCCUCAUCCGUGCCUCUUGACGGGACAGCAGGCCCAGGACACGCCAUGAGCUGCCUGCAGGCCAUGCUUGGUGGACACUGAGCCAGGCAUCUGGCCCUCAGCUCUGCGGGCUUGGACACUGUUAUCAUACCACUGGCCUGGGACACAAGGCCAGGGCUGCACCCAGGCAGCAGACCCUCUGGAUCAGCACCUCUGUGGUUGGGUUUUGUGUGCCCCUGGAUACCUGUGUGGGAAGGUGACAAUGGGGCGUGCAGGUGCAGCUGUGGUCACUUUUGCUUCAGGGUGUCACUGUCAGCACUAACUCCGGGAAAGUGCUUUUCUGUGGUGUAUAGUUUUUGCUUAAAUAGCUGAAUGUCAAAAUCAAACAUAAUGUGGAGUGGGAUGAAAGGGAAAAUAAAUACAAGCUAUAUUUUAUAUGUUACAGUUGCUACUGCAAGUGAAACUUUCUCAGUGUCCAAACUGGCCUGGUGAAGUCUUCAGCAGACACUCUAAAGCAGCUCUUUGUGCUGUUUUCUCAGUGCCUUCAACAGAGCUUCCAGAUAUAUUUCUUUGUUUAAAAGGAGAUCCAGAUAUAUUUCUUAUACUGUGAUUUGUAUUAAAUUUGCAGAAUUAGUGUAAA